AUGACGACGACGGCCUCCCUCUCCCUCCUGCUCUCCCUCCUACUCCUACUCCAGGACUCCUACUUCCGCUCACGACGAAGAGAACUCCCACCUCCCAACUACACUACACUCUCUCUCAGCACACACCAAAGCGACAUGCAAAAGUAUCAACGGAACCUCGCCCUCGUAUACCCCCUCACCGUCGCCGUAGGCUCCGCUAUUCAUACCACCAUCCAAGUCCCGUAUACCAUCUUUGCCGACAGAAGGAACCCCCUAAACACCGUCUUUGCCAAGAGGGGAUGGUUCUGGACAGGCACGACGUUAUUUUUGUUCCUGCUACUUUCAUCCACGGAUCGAAAAAGGGCACCCAUCAUCCGCUGGGCACUCGCUACACUGUACUGGGUCAUUUUCGCGCAAUGGGCAUUUGGACACUCGGUGUUUGAUCGUGUUUUGACCAUGAGUGGAACUUGCUCGAUCGAGGAACAUGGACAUCCCGCUAUUUGUAGGAAGAAUGGCGGCGAGUGGCUUGGGUUCGAUGUUUCCGGGCAUUGCUUCCUUCUGAUCCACAUGUCACUCUUCAUCUUUGAAGAACUCCAAAUCCUCAUCGCUCCAUCGGCAUCGACAUCGGCAUCGGCAUCCACGACAUCAUCCCAACAAAAGCCCACCCCCGACGCCGUAGAUUACUCAACCGACACCUCCGUCUCCUCCACCGACGGCGCCACCCUCCCCUCCAUCCCCGUCACCCCCUCCACCACCCCCCUCACAACCCUCCGCUCGCGCCUCCCCCACCCCACAUCAACCGCCAUCCUCUCCUCGAUCCUCAUCUUCCUGCUGAUGCUCUGGUACUGCAUGUUGAUCGCCACGUCGCUGUAUUUCCACUCGUGGCAGGAAAAGGUGAUGGGCACGGUUGCGGGGAUGGCGUAUUGGGUGGUCAUGUAUGUCGUGGUGUGGCCAAAGUGGUUUCCGGGGAUGGCGCCGGGGUUGCCCAAGGGAAAGGAGAUUUAUGGGGGGAGCGGGAUUGGAGGUGGGAAGAAAAGGGCCGCGGCGAUGAGGGUUAAGCGGCAGUGAGGGAUGAGCACACGGACGUAGUGGAUCGUAGAAUUUAGGAUGAUAGGACGUAAUGGGGCGUUUUUCCCCGCUGUGUAGACGGACCCGAAGGGUGGGAGCGCUGGAGAAAGGAUUCGUCUGUAUCUAGUGGCAUAAAGGUUUGAAAUAACCAAAAUCAAGAAGACCAAGCUCGAAUGCCCCCGGGCUUUAAAGAACAUUUCGUGCACCAACAGUUUAAUCACCCCAUCACCGCCCGAAGAAUAGCGUC